AGUCAGAAAUUAAAGGGAGGCAGCCACCUCGGAGAUACGGUCACAGAUACAGUGCCUGGAAAGUCAACUGGGAAAAAGAGCAGGAAGACGGAGGCUGCCAGGAGAGAGACUGCCAAGAACGGGAGGUGGGAUGGAAUCAGGGUGCACUGGGAGAGAAGCUUAUGAGAAGCUUUUCAACCCCAGAGAAUACCUGGAAAAGUAUUAUUCAUUUGGGUCCAACGGCUCUGCAGAAAAUGUCAUUCUGACCCAGCUGCUGAAAAAACUGUAUAAGACAUUCUGUUUGGGAGGGCUGAAAGGAGACCUGCUGAUUGACAUCGGCUCUGGCCCCACCAUCUACCAGCUGCUCUCUGCCUGCGAGGCCUUCCGGGAGAUCGUCGCCACCGACUACACUGCCCAGAACCGGCAGGAGCUGCAGAAGUGGCUCAGCAAGGAGCCAGGGGCAUUCAACUGGUCUCCGGUGGUGAAAUAUGUGUGCGAGCUGGAAGGGGACAGGAACAAGUGGGCUGAGAAGGAAGAGAAACUGAGGCGAGCGGUCAGCCGUAUCCUGGAGUGUGAUGUGACCUGCAGCCAGCCCCUGGGCCCGGUCUCCCUGCCUCAGGCUGACUGCCUCCUGUCCACCCUGUGUCUGGACGCGGCCUGCAAGGAUCUGCCCAGCUACCAGGCUGCCCUGAAGCACAUCACCACGCUGCUGAAGCCCGGUGGCUACUUGGUCCUGGUGGAUGCCCUGAGGAGCAGCUACUACAUGAUUGGCCAGCAGAAGUUCUCCAGCCUCUCCCUGGACCUGGAGGCUGUGGAAACGGCCGUGAAGGGGGCUGGGUUUGCCAUCCAACAGCUCGAGAUCAUCCCGCAGAGCUAUUCGAGGGCCCAGGCAGCAAAUGAUGGGCUCUUCUACCUGGUGGGGCAGAAGCUGAGCCAGGCCUAGGGCAGGGUCUGGUGCUGGGGAGCAAGGGGAAACUUUGGCCCACAGAUCUGUCCAAACCCUCAUUCCUCCUGGCUGGCAGGUAGACCAGCAUGGCCUAGGGAAGCAGUGUAGCCUAGUGGAAAGAGCAUGGGCUUGGGAGAUAGA